AUGGCCAAAGAAGUGGUGGCCGAGCGCUAUGGCCAAGACAAGGUCGUGAAACGAGAUAUGCUCGGAUCAUUCGUGGCUCAUGGCCUUGACCAGAAGAAUGCAGAAUCCGAAUCUCUGGUGCAAAUUGUGGCUGGGUCUGAUACGACCGCGGUAGUGCUAAGAAUAGGCCUUUUCCACGUUUCAACUUCACCAUUGGUAUACCAAAAACUCCAAGCUGAGAUUGAUCAUGGCGUCAAAGUCGGUCAAAUUUCGUCUCCGAUCAAAGAUGUUGAAGCAAGAGGACUCCCCUAUCUCCAGGCCUUCAUCAAGGAAGUGUUACGUAUUUGGCCACCUAUUGCGGGGAUCCUGCCGCGUCGGUCAGAGACAGAUGGUAUUGUCUGUGGCCAACAGAUUCCAAGAAACACAGAUGUUGGCUGGAGCCCUCGCUCGGUGAUGCGUGACAAAGGAGUAUUUGGCAAUGAUGCAGACACAUUCUCGCUUGAAAGGUGGCUACAGCCAGAUGGGAACCGACUCAGAACGAUGGAACAUACUGUCGAGCUGGUUUUCGGUUACGGCAAAUGGGGUUGCUUGGGGAAACCCAUCGCACUGCUGGAGUUGAACAAGAUGUUUGUCGAGUUCUUGCGUCGCUUUGACUUCACUGUUCUCAACCCCGCUCAUCCCAUGGAUACCUUCAACUACGGUGUAAUGACGCAAUGGAACCUCUUUAUGCGUAUCACAAGGCGCCAGAACCCGGUGCAGAUCGAGUUCAACGUGCCACCAUAUAGCACGAGCAUGGCGGACCCAGAUCAUACGCAAGAUACGAACGCAGCUCUGCAAGCCGAUGUCGAUGACGACUCUGCUGUUGGCUUGGUACGUGACAACUACCUUGCGGCCUAUAUCAUCAAGAUGAUGACCAAACAUGAAUACAUGCAGAAUGCACAUUUCCUUGCCACUUUUGAUGGUCGAGCAUAUUUUGCGCCAGCGGCCGAGACAGCUCAACGUGUUCUUGAUGUUGGAACAGGCACCGGGAUUUGGGCUAUACAAUACGCUGAUGAGCACCCUUCCGCCCAGGUCAUUGGGGUCGACUUAAGCCCGAUCCAGCCUGACAUUACUCCGCCCAAUUGCUCGUUCGAAAUUGAUGAUCUGAAGAAUGAGUGGACGUGGAGUUAUCCCUUCGACUAUGUGUUCAGUCGGAUGAUGGUUGGAUCAUUUGCUGACUGGCCAGCCUUCAUCAAUCAAGCGUACAAGGCACGAAGAAACCUAUCUCCCGGCGGCUGGCUAGAGCUCCAGGAUUUGAAGCACUUCAAGUGGCCGACGAAUCGCUGGCCAAAGGACAAAAAGCACAAACUCGUCGGCUUAUGGACGCUGGCGAACCUCGGCACGAGUCUGGAAGGGUUGAGCAUGGCUCUAUGGACCCGUGGUCAUGGUUGGACACGAGAACAAGUGGUAGCAUAUGUGUCAGAGGUGAGGAAGGAUUUACAGGAUGGCAAGAUCCACGCGUACUGGCCCAUGUGA